UUGUAACUAAACUGUCACUCCAUAGACAGUGCAGGGGAUCUCUGCUGAGUCUCAAUAUGAAGAGCACCGUCCUCCUCCUCCUUCUCCUCCAGCUCUGCUACAUCCAGGGGUCCUGGGCAGAGUCCAACAUCACAGCAGAAAGUUUGCUGCAAUGUCCAGUGAAUAAUGAUUUCUGCGACACUGCGAGCCGCUGCUGCAUGCCCGGGAUGGACAGUUACGGCUGGAUUGCGGCUGCCGUGGGGUGGAGUUUGUGGGUUUUCACGCUCAUCCUCAUCUGCAUUUGCCAAGUCAUGAGGCUCAGACCAAAUGAGCCAAAAUACGUCCAGGCGUAAGAUGAGGAAACAUACAAUCCCCACAUGGAGAGAACAUUUGAAAAGCAUGAAAUCUACCAACGACAGCAUCACAGCGCUUAUGGCUACAUAUGGCGUCCCGAGGAAAUCAACAAAGCUGACUAAUGGUCAUAGGUCAGCCUCUUACUUGUGGCGUUUACCUGGUUCCAUCUGGUCAUGGAUUUUGCUACAGAACCUACACAAAAAAAUGGCCGCUGAUUGGUCUCUUCCAAGAUCAGAUACUAACUGGUCUGCAUAGUGAAUAUGUGAAACCUAAAAAUGUAACUUACAUUAUUUUAAAUACAUACAUACUGUAUAUAAUAAACUGGCCUCGUGUAUAAGUAAAUAACUGACAGAAGAUGUGACCUUUUUGCCUAUAGCAACCAAUCAGAUUCCAUCCUUCACCUUUUCAGCUCUGGUUUAAAAAAUGAAAGCUGUGAUCUGAUUGGUUCAGCUGCUCUACUAGCUGCGGUCUAGAGUAGAGUGGUAGCUAAAAUGAACCAGUCAGAAUCCAUUUUCUUAAUCGCAAUGGAAAAAUAAAAGCUGAACCCUGAUUGGUUGCCAUGAGCAACAAGGCCAGUUUUCAUACAUGAAAGUCAAUGCAUGUCCCAAUUUUAACCAGGGAAACAUUACCUACAUGGAAGGAAGCCAUUUUGUGAGCAGAAAUUCAUGUGAACAGGGCCAAUCAUUUCUCUAGAAAUAAGACUGGAGAACUCUCUGGAAACAAGCAUGGGGAACAGUAGGGAAAAUAUGGUUGUACCUAGACCUUGUCCUAAAAUGGGCCAAAAUAUGUCAAUCGUUCGUAAUGGCGGAUAGAAAAACAUUGGUUACAAUCACAAAAUGGCUACCAGUAAGGUUAAAAACACAAUGGGGGAUAUUUAUCAUGAGGGAAAUAUUUGAAGUCACUUUUGCUUGAGUCUGUGUUUGACUUUGUGCCACAUUUAUCAAAUGUCAUAUCUUAUUCGAUAAAUUUGUCUUAUCCUUAAACCUAACACUUUUGUCUAGAAAAGCACCUCCAGAUUUCCUAUUCUACCCACCUCCUGAAGUGAGAGUGCGACUUUUUUUUGUGUGUGACUUUUUACAUAGCAAACCACGCCCACUUAUAAAAACUAGAGUGAGUGGUUGAAAAAAGUGAGUGCAAGAAGUCGCGACUUUUUGAAUGCAGAAUUCUGGAGUGAAGGCAUGAUAAAUCAGGGCCAAUAUCCACAAUCCGUAACUGGUAUCCAAGAGAAGCAAAACUGCGCCCCUCCCCCAGUGGUGACUGAAAAAAAAAAGACACUGUGAAUAUUGAUUUCAUUUUAUGCCAUAAAUUAAAGGAGUUUAUGCAGUUUCAAAAGGAAACCUGAUAACUGAGGGGAUUGAACUGUAAGGGUGGCUUCACACAUGGAAGAUUUCUGCCAAUGACAAUCAGGGCCAUUCAUCUGAAUGGGGCCGUGCUGAAAGGAGGGACAUGGAUUUCUGCAAGGUUUGGGACGCAUUUUCAGUGGCAGAAAAUUUCGGCAACAAAAUCUGCUGUGUAUGAGUAAAGAAAUAGGUGAUUACUUACCUGACAAAUCCCGCGACCCAGCUCAUGUUUUCCUAGCCCGAAUGAUUUCCUGGCUGCAGCGGUGAUGCCACCUCGACAACACUUGACUGCUGCAGCCAAUCACUGGCCUCAGCGGUGUACCAAAUAGGUCAGUGAUUGGCUGCAGUGGUCAUGUGACAUCAUUGCUGCAGCUGGAAAAACAGAUCCCUGCUGGGAGAAAAGGCGCGGUGGCUUCAGAUCUGUCAGGUAAGUGAUCAUCUAUUCUUUAUUACAGGUCGAUCCCAUGGGUUGUCCGACUUGCUCUUGAAACUGGACUGCUUAUGUUAUCACUUCCUUAUACCAUUGGGACGUCGCGCCACC